AUUAAUCUCUGCGUCCGACGUUACUUCCAUAGGACUAAUGAAGAACUCGAGUAAACUUUACUACAUCGACCAGGAGUACGAUCAAAUCAGGGUAAUUGACUUAAAUGAAACAAAUCCGAAAUCAAAUUUAGUUAUCCACUGGACUAGUUAUAAUAAUCUACUUCGCACAUUAGCUGUCUCUGGUGGCUAUGUGUUCUGGACGGAAAGAACAUAUGAUGCGCAUGCCGUUUUAGAUCAGUACAGUUGGGGACUUGAAGCAGGGAAGAUAAGGAACGGUGUGGUAACUCGUAAUAACACUUGGUCAAUGGACUACCGCCGCGGUUACCAUACGAGAAACGCAGUUUAUCAGUUGGUUGCUUUCGAACACAAUUUUCCCCCACAGAAACCAAGUACGCCCCACACAAAUUCGAAUAGAGUUACAACAGUUGCUACAACAACAGCCAGCUCCCACGCCAGCCUACCGUUGAUAAGUUGGGAAAUUAUGUUGUUCGCUUUUGUAUCAGCCAUUGUUAAACUCGUGAAUGUUUAA